AUGGCUAGUGGUCCAAACGAUUAUAUUCAAAAAGGUAUCAAAAGUGCUGAACAAGCAACCGCAGAAGAUAAAGCACAGAAUUAUGAAGUUGCUGCUCAACAUUAUAUGACAGCUGCUGAAUGGCUUAUGCAUGCUGUAAAAUAUGGAGCAAUGAAUGAUGCUAUGAAACAAAAUAUACGUGCUAAAGUGAACAGUUAUUUAAAACGAGCAGAAGAAAUAAGAGAUAUGUCAAAGAGUAAUUCAGGAAAGAAAAAAGCAGUUGCUGAUGGUGGAAAUUCGAAAGAUAAUAAAGAUGAUGAAGAUGGUGAUCCAGAUAAAAGAAAGAUGAUGCAAAAAUUUGAAGGAGCAAUUGUGACUGAUCCAAAUGUUUCAUUUGCUGAUGUUAUUGGUUUAGAACAAGCUAAAGAUGCAUUGAAAGAAGCUGUUAUCCUACCAGUGAAGUUUCCACAACUUUUUCAAGGAAAACGAAAACCAUGGGCUGGUAUUUUACUUUAUGGACCUCCUGGUACUGGAAAAUCUUAUUUAGCUAAAGCAAUUGCAACGGAAUGUAAAAGUACAUUUAUCUCUGUCAGUUCAUCUGAUCUUUUAUCAAAAUGGCUUGGUGAAAGUGAAAAAGGUGUUAAAUGUUUAUUUGAAGUUGCUCGAGAACGACAACCAUGCAUUGUAUUUAUUGAUGAAAUUGAUGCAUUAUGUGGACAACGUAACGAUACGGAAUCUGAAUCAUCACGUCGUGUUAAAACGGAAUUUCUUGUUCAAAUGCAAGGUGUCGGAACCGAUAAUUCAGGUGUACUUGUUCUUGCUGCAACAAAUAUUCCAUGGGCAUUAGACACAGCUAUUCGACGACGAUUUGAAAAACGGAUUUAUAUUCCAUUACCAGGAAUUAAUGAACGUGCAGCAAUGUUUAAAACUCAUUUAGGCACUAGUACUUUUCAUACAAUAAGAGACAAUGAAUGGAUGCAACUUGCACAAAAAUCUGAACAUUAUUCUGGUGCUGAUAUAGGUGUCGUUUGCCGUGAAGCUUUACUUAGACCUAUUCGUCGGCUUGGUUCAGCAACUCACUUUAAACGAAUACCAAAUCCAAAGACUGAUGGACCUCGUGAACUAUGGCUUGUCUGUUCUCCAGGAGAUCCAAAUGCUGUAGAAUUAACAUUAGAUCAAAUGAAUUCUGAAGAAUUAUGUGAACCACCAGUGUCAAUCUCGGAUAUGAUGGCUGCACUAACGACACAAAAACCAACAGUUGGUGAAUCUGAUCUUAAAUUACAGAUAAAAUUUACACAAGAAUUUGGACAAGAAGGUUCUUAG